AUGGCCUCGAUGGCGGCGUCCCUGCAGGCCUCGCUCCCCAAACCGAAAUACACGGGCGAAGGCGAGGAGGACUCCUCACGGUCGCUGCUGCGCGGUCCCCGCGUCGUCGGCCCCGGACAGGUGGACGAAACGCAGGUGGUGCUGAAGCGAAGCGGCCCUCCGGCCUACGGUCAGCGAUCCGGUUGGCGGCCGCGGUCGCAGGAAGACUUUGGCGAUGGAGGUGCCUUUCCAGAAAUCCCCGUGGCCCAGUACCCGCUCGACAUGGGCCGGAAGGGUUCGUCGACGAGCAACGCGUUGGCGAUCCAGGUGGACGCGCAGGGCAAGGUCAAGUACGAUGCCAUCGCCCGACAAGGUCACGGCGGCGGUCGAAUCGUGCACACUUCAUUCAAAGAUCUCAUCCCGCUGAGGCAACGGGCCGACGCGGGCGAGAUCGACCUCUCGCGUCCGGACAAGGAAACGGUGGCAGCGACGGCGGAAAAGACGAAGAACGCUCUGGCGGCGCUCAUCAGCGGCGCCGUGGCGGCACAGAAGCCGAAAAACGUCAACGUCGGAAACCGAAAAGAAGCCACAUUCGUCCGUUACACGCCGGCGAGCCAGAUGGGCGACAACUCGAAGAAGCAGGACCGUAUCAUGAAGAUUGUGGAACGGCAGCGCGACCCGAUGGAGCCCCCCAAGUUCAAGCACAAGAAGAUUCCUCGCGGUCCUCCGUCGCCGCCGCCGCCGGUGAUGCACUCGCCGCCGAGGAAACUGACGGCGGAAGACCAAGAGAUGUGGAAGAUCCCGCCGCCCGUGUCGAACUGGAAGAACCCAAAGGGCUUCACGGUCCCGCUCGACAAGCGACUCGCCGCCGACGGUCGGGGUCUGCAAGACAUCGCCAUCAACGACAAGCACGCACAGUUUGCGGAAGCCGUCAAGAUGGCAGAGCGCCACGCUCGCGAGGAAGUGCAGCAGCGGGCCAUGAUGCAGCAGCGACUGGCGGAGAAGGAAAAGGCGCAGAAGGAAGACAACCUACGAGCGCUCGCGCAGAAGGCUCGGGCGGAGAGGAAGGCGGCGGCCGGCGGUCGCAGGGACUCGAGAGCGUCGCGGGACUCGCGGGACUCUCGAUCUCGAUCGCGGUCACGAAGCUACAGCGACUCCUCGUCGGGAUCCGACAGCGAGGAUGCCGAGAUUCGGGAGCGGGAACAAGCUAGACGGGACCGGCGGAAGGAGGAGGAAAGGAAGCUUCGGCAGACGCGCAUGGGCACGGAGCGACGGAUCCAGGUCAUGGCGCGCGAACAGAACCGCGACAUCUCCGAAAAGGUGGCGCUCGGGCUGGCGAAGCCGACGCAGUCGAAGGAGACCAUGUACGACUCGCGCCUCUUCAACCAGACGAGCGGCUUCGACAGCGGCUUCAACGAGGACAACCACUACGACAAGCCGCUGUUUGCGGCCCAGGACGCCAUCAGCAGCAUCUACCGGCCGCGGGCGAACAUGGAGGACGACGAGGGCGAAGGGGGAGAGGAGGAGAUGGCCAAGAUCCAAAAGGCGAGCCGGUUUGGCGAGGCGCUAGGAAAGGGCAAAUUCAAAGGCGCGGCCGAGGUGGAGGCGCGCGAAGGACCGGUGCAGUUUGAGAAGGAGACGGCGGACCCGUUCAACGUGGACAAGUUCCUGUCCGAGGUGGACGAGACGUCGUCGUCGUCGAAGCGCGGAUACGGCCUGCAGGACGAAGGGAGGCAGCCGAAGCGACCUCGGGUGGAUGGCGACGACGACGACGACGACGACGACGACGACAAAUGA